ACUGCAAAGUAACCGCAUAGUAUUAAUCCUUAAUCGGUGUUUAGAUUGACGAAACAGGGGCAGUUUAUUUGAUCGCAGGUGCCAAUCGAGAAGGAAAGAGCUUCGGCGACGUACAUUGCUUUGAUUUGGAUACACGUAGAUGGACAGUCAUCAAGCCUUCGAGCGGUAGCUUACCACCGAGAAGUGGUCACUCUACAGUCCCUAUUGGAGCUAAACUCUACAUUUUUGGUGGUCUCGAUGCUGCAAAAAGGGAAAUCUACAACGACGUCCACAUCUUCGAUACACGGACGUCUACGUGGACUAAGGCUACAACCGAAGGUGAUGCCCCUCUUCCGCGGAAUGCACACGCCGCCAUUGCGUUACCAGGUCGAAAGAUGCUUGUCUACGGUGGAUCCUCGCCUGAGUAUGGCGCCUCCAACGAUCUCUUUCUACUCCACGUACCAAUUCAUGAUAAUGAGCCUCUGCGAUGGGAGAAAUGCGCUGCUAAAGGUGAAAUCCCUGAGGCUCGAGAACUCCAUUAUGCGCUGCAUCUGUCCGAAACUAGAGUCUGCUUUGCAGGAGGUCGCAAUUUCGACGGAAAAGUCUGUACAGACAUGGCUACACUCGACUUAAGCAACUGGACGUGGCAACUCGUGCCAAUCUGUGAAUGGAAUCGCUGCUCUUUAGCUGCUGGAGUUGUCAAUAACGAGCUGAUCGCCUUUGGAGGCUGGGACGGAAGACGAAUCUGCGGAGACUGUUGUCGCUAUUCCGAUGAUGAGGGGUCUUGGAUACCGGUGACAGUGGGCUCUAAGGAGGCAGAGCCGUCUUCGUCGGAGGUUCCAGAGCGAUUUGGACAUUGUAGCACCACUGUGUGGAUACAGGAGCCAUCGAAAACAACCGAGAAGAGUCGACGCCAAGGACUCUUGGUUUUUGGGGGGAUGAACGCAGAGAGCGACCUGAAUGACCUCGUCCUAAUCGCGCAAGCUGGAACGUAGUCUUUCUAGCAGAGAAUACUUAAGACACUACCAAAGGCUCUGGCAUUAAUACAAGACACCUGUAGUUACA